ACAGAAUGGUGACCUUGCUUCAACAGCUGACUCGCGGCAACGCUCUGGUCCUCAUUGUUAUUUUGGGAUUCGGAGGAAGUUUCCACACUGGCUACCAUCUCACUGGGCUGAGCUCUCCCUCACCGUACAUACAGCGUUUCAUCAACAGCAGCUGGUAUGACAGGUAUGCAGAGCCUCCCUCUCCGCAGACCGUCACCAUGAUCUGGUCUAUUAUUGUCUCCAUGUACGCUGUCGGGGCACUCUUUGGUGCAGUAAGUGUCAGGUUUAUCUCAGACAUGCUGGGAAGAAAAAAGGCAAUUAUCUGCAACAGUUUUGUUGCCAUUGUGGCUGCAGGGAUCAUGCUUACAAGUAAAGGGGCAAAAUCAUAUGAGAUGAUCAUAGUGGCAAGGAUUCUGUAUGGAUACUCGUCAGGUUUGGGAAUGAGCAUUCAUAUGAUCUAUCUCGGAGAGAUUUCACCCACAAAGAUUAGAGGCACAGUGACUCUGACCUCGGCAACUUUUUUGUCACUUGGCAAACUCUCUGCACAGUUUUUUGGAUUGAGUGAGAUCCUUGGUCGUGAGGAGUUGUGGAACAUUCUCCUCUGUGUCCCUGCAUGUUUAUCUGUAGUUCAGAUUAUUGUGUUGCCUUUUCUUCCUGAGGCUCCCCGCUAUUUAUUAAUAGAUAAAGGUGAUGAGAAGGCAUGCAAAAAAGCUCUUCAGAGUUUGUGGGGCCAAGGUGACUACAGCCAGGAAAUGGACGAGAUGUUGAUGGAGCAGAUGACCACUGAAGCAGCCCCACCAAGGAGCCUCCUGCAGCUUCUGAGGGACAGGACGGUGCGAUGGCAGAUCAUCACCAUGUCAACCAUCUACUUCUGCAACCAGUUGUCCGGCAUGUCUGCGAUCACUAUCUUCUCUUUUGACAUCUUCCUGGAGGCAGGCAUACCUAGAGACAAGAUCCGCUAUGUCACUCUUGGUAUUGGAGUAUCUGAAAUUAUUACCUCAGUCUCCUGUGGUCUUAUCAUUGAGCACACAGGAAGGAGGCCGUUGUUAUAUGGGGGCUACGGGGCCAUGUCCGCCUGUUUGGUGUUGGUCACUGUCACACUCAACCUGAAGGAUGUAAGCUACUGGGUCCCGUACAUUACUACAAGUUUGCUCAUGAUCUUCAUCAUCUUCUUCUGUGGAGGGCCUGCGGGAGCUACAGCCACGCUUACCAGCGAGAUGUUCAUCCAGUCUAAUCGAGUGACGGCGCUAGCCCUUGGGGGGAUGCAGCGCUGGUUCAUGAUCGCGGUACUGGGCCUCGUCUUUCCGUUCCUUAUUAGCAUCCUCAGCUCGUACUGCUUUGUGCUGUUUGCCUGUGUGUGCCUGCUGGGUUGUCUCUACACCUUCUUUCUUCUGCCUGAGACCAAAGCCAAGACCCUGCUGGAGAUCUCGGAGGAGUUUAAAGGCAUCACAGUCUGUGGGAAAUCCUUCGUAAAGGAAAAUAGUUUGGAGACCAGGUUAUGAGGCAGUGCACACGAUUACGGACUGUUGCAAAGAGGAAAAAAGUGUGAAAAAUUAACCCUAACCCUAACCCUAACCCUAAGACCUUGGCUGGUCAUACUGCCAGGCCAACAGACAAAGGCUUCAAAUGCAUGACACCAGGCUGGACCAGGUGAACUAUAAAAAUACUUUACCAGGGACAAUAGGUCAGUAAAUCCAUUGUUCCAGCAAACAAGUACAACAAGGAGUAGACUAGAGGCCAAAAGAGUAGAAACCUUGAGUACUGAACACAAGGAGAUACUGGGACCAAUUGGAAGAGAAGGAGAGUAUGACAUUGGUAUAAAGCUGCCGUUAAAACCCAUCAGGGCAGAACUAGCAGUCAGAUGUUAUAACUGGAGGGAAGGACCUGGAACAAUAUGAAUUGUUCAUAGAAAGACUAAACCUAAACCAUGUAAACACAGUAAAAUAAACAGGGCCUAGUUGGUUAUACCAGUUGUCAUACAUACAGCAUCUGCAUGUCUAUUUUUAAUCUUAUUUUAUUUUACUGAUUUAUGAAAUAAGCUGCUAGAGCUCACCACAGAUACAUUCACUUGGAAUAAACCCCUGAAGUUGUGUUGAAGCUCAGUAUUAAUCUAAUCCUCUCUCCAGCUGACACAUAGGUGGCCCAUAGCCGAUGCACCUGCAACCGCAAUGUAGUGGUCACCAGGAGGUCAGUGGUUUCCUACCGCCAUCUCUAAAGCAAUAAAUCAUCCACUGCA